AUGGCAGGAGAGUUUACGAUACCAGAAAAUCUAAAUGGAGGACUUUUCUUUUUCGAAGGAAUACGUCGAACAGUUUGUGGGAUUAAUACAUUCCCAGUCUUCGAACCCAGAACUGGCCAACAAUUAAUGCAAUGUCCGUGUGCUGAUGCCGCACUUGUUGAUUUAGUCAUCGGACAAGCAUCUACAGCGCAACGUGCAUGGGCAGCAAAAAGUCCAUUUGAACGUUCAAAAAUUCUUUUGCGAGCAGCUGAAUUGAUUCGAGCAAAUUUGGAAUCGAUCGCAAAAUGGGAAGUAAAAACGAACGGAAAACCUUUGACUGAGGCUCGUUCGGAUAUUGAAUCAAGUGCGGAUACUUUUAGUUUUUAUGGAGGAAUUUUACCUGCGCAAAUGAAAGGUGAUUUUAUUGACCUUCCGAUUGAAGGCCAAAAUGGUGGCCGUUUUGCAUAUACUCGACGUGAACCUUUUGGAGUUGUUGGGUGUAUUGGGGCAUGGAAUUAUCCUUUUCAAACUUGCUGUUGGAAAGUAGCCCCCGCUUUAGCAGCUGGAAAUGCUGUCAUAUACAAACCAAGUCCAUUUGCACCAGCGAGUCCUGUUUUGUUGGCCGAAUUACUUAAAGCAGCUGGUUUACCAGAUGGUCUUUUUAACGUUUUACAAGGGGAAGCAGCUACUGGCGAAAUGAUUUGUACAAAUCAAGAUAUUGCUAAAGUUUCUUUUACUGGUUCCUUGCCAACUGGAAUGAAAAUUCAAAAAGCGUGUGCUGAACCAAAACGUAUUAAGCCGGUUACUUUAGAACUUGGAGGAAAAUCAGCUCUUAUUAUUUUUGAUGAUGCUGAUAUGAAAACUGCUGUUGAAGCUGCAAUGCUGGCAAAUUUUUUAAAUCAAGGAGAAGUCUGUACAAACGCCACUCGUGUUUUUGUCCAAAAAUCUAUUUUUGACGAAUUUCAAAAUCUACUCUUGGCGGAAAUGGAGCGUAAAUUAAUUGUUGGAGACCCGUUAGAUGAACGUACAACUGUUGGGGCAACAAUAAAUGAGCAACAUUUACAAAAAGUUUGUGGAUAUGUUGAUCGAGCUGUUCAACAAGGUGCCCAAUUACUUUUUGGUGGAAUUCGAGUACAUCCACAAAAUGUUGAAGACGGUUUUUAUUUUACACCUGCUUUACUUACUGGUUUAAAUGAUGAAAUGGAAAUUGUUCGAGAAGAAGUUUUUGGUGCUGUUUGUCUUCUUUUGCUUUUUGUUAAUGAAAAGGAAGCUAUUGAACGUGCAAAUAAAAGUGAUUAUGGACUGGCUGCUGGAAUUUGUACAAAAAGUCUUUCGAGAGCCCAUCGUGUAGCUGCUGAACUUCAAGCUGGGACAAUUUAUGUAAAUACUUAUAAUGACACAGAGGUCCAUAUUCCAUUUGGUGGGUAUAAAAAUUCUGGUUAUGGACGCGAAAAUUGUGUUGAAUGUCUUCAUUCAUUUACACAACUUAAAUCUGUUUAUGUUAAUAUUGGUAAUGAACAAAAUAAUGCCAAUAAAGAAGUAAUUAUGCUUGACACUGAAUAA